UCUAAUAAGCUUUUCAAUUAUAUUCUUACCCAUAAUCUCAUCAAUCAAUCUCCUUUAACACUUCAAACUCGACGAAUGAAAGUAGUUAUUACAUCUUAAUCCAAUACCAAGAAAUCCUAAAUCCUGAAGGAUAUUGAUUUCCAACCAAUCCUGAUCACUUUCGGUUCAGGACUCCAUAUAUAUAUAUAUAUUCAUCCGAUGGAUCUUCUCUAUUCAUGAAAUCUUUUUAGGUCUAGUAACAAUGUUGGUGCCAAUGGAAAACGUGGAGGACCUUCUGUCAGAAUUGCAUGAGCCGAUCCUUCAUCACAUAAUGUCGUUUCUCCCAAGCAAAGAUGCGGUCAGAACUAGCGUCCUGUCUACCAAGUUUAAAUAUUCAUGGCAAUCCUGUCCUACCAUCGACUUCAAACUAAAAGGUUAUGGUACUGAUGAAUUUUUGAGUAAUGUGCAUGAUUUUAUCGGCCGUCGCACGCUUGGUACUGCAAUAGGCAAACUCAAGUUACGUGUUCCCUCAUAUUCUGAAACGUCAAACAAUCGCCUUGAUGCCGUUAUUGAUUAUGCAAUACAGAAUUUCGUUAAAGAAGUUGAUCUUGAUUUCAGAAAUGACAUUCCUCAGUUAUAUCCUACGAUGAAAGACCUGUACUUUAGCUAUUAUCCUUUGCCAUCGAGAGUAUUAGCUUCUAAAUCGAUCACUAUUUUGAAGUUAAAAGGCUUCAAGAUGGCACCACGGGACUUGAUCCUCACUUCUUCCGUACUUCGGUAUUUGAGUCUUGAGCACUGCACCGGAAUGGAAAGCCUCAAGGUCUUCUGCGAUCAACUCAGUCUUAUACAUGUAGAGUCUUGCGUUGGGCCAAAGCAAAUUGAGCUGGUUACACCCUAUCUGGAAACUUUUUACUUCAUUGGGGAAGAAGGAUCUCAGUUGGAGUUAUCUGAGGAUACUUUUUCUACGUGCAAGUCGCUUAAGCAUUUAAAUUUGGACAGAGUUAAGAUUACUGAUCAAUGGCUUGAAAAUCUUGUCUCUGAAGAUUUUGCUUUUCUCGAGAAUGUCCGGUUGUCUGGCUGCAAUACCUUGAAAAAGUUGAUGAUUUCUCAUAGCAACCUCAAGUAUUUUGAGCUAGAUCAAUGUUCUGAACAACUGGAAGAGGUUGAAAUUGAUGCAAGAAAGCUAGAUACAUUUGCAUGUGGAAUUAAUUAUGGAGCAGUAAUGGAUAAGCAGCCUAUAUGUUUGCCAAUUCAUUCACCAUUAGUAAAGGUUAUACUGUUAUUGGAUACGUCUUCUACAACCUCCAAUUGGUUCUCCUUUUUGAGAGAUGUGCUUUCGUUCUUGGGUCAUUGCAGAGAAUUAAAGCUUGUUUGCAAAUCUGAGGAGGAUCUGAUUGUUCCUGAAGAUAUGAGGGGGAGUUUACUUUCUCCAUUGCAUGACCUCAGAAAUCUGAAAGUGGAAAUUAAUAAUCCAAUUUCCCAACUCCCAGAUUUUGUGGGUAGUUUGCUCUGGCUUGCUCCUCAUCCGGACACUGUAACUAUUGUUUGUGAUUCCGAAGAAAAAUCCUUGAAGUUUAAAUAUUCUUUGGUGAAGAAUGAGGUUAAAGAUGUAUUCUGCUGCCACUUGAAGCCGAUAUUAUGCUGGCGGCAUAACUUGAAAGAACUUACAAUGGAGAACUUUACGUGUCUUGAAACUAGGAUUAUGCACAAGUUUUUCAAAGUACAGGACAUGCGAUUGGAGACAAUUCAUUCCACCAAUAAAUCCAAGAGGAAAAGACCCAAACACGAAGCUGAGGAAUUUUGCAUCUACUAAUCCCAUCUUGCUAGUAGGAGCAGGCAAAGAUGUGCUAGAGUACUGCUUAAGAGAUGAUACUCUUGAUUGAUGAGAUCAGAAAGAAGAACAUAGCUGAAAACCUUGCUUCGCACUACUUUUUAUAGGGUAGACAGGACAUGAGAAUGAGACAAUAUUUAUACUUGUGUAUUAUUUUUUCUCAAAUUAAUUAAAAGCAGGUUAUGAUGCUAUAUAGUAUUUAUAAUAUACAAGCCUCAGCUGA